CUCACACAAAUUCCAGUAAAAAAGCAUUUUAAAACGUAUUCAUGAAUCGAACGGACCCCUCGCAACCAUCUCUCAAGCAACGGAUCGAAAAAAUCGUUAAUAUUGAUCCUAAAGAAAAACAGGAAAGACUCAGACAAUGGAUGAUAAACAAAGAGGAAGAGGUCAAGCAAAAGUUUAGGGAACGACAAGCAUAUUUAAAGAGACGACGAAUGGAAAAGAAUGAAGAGGAGAUUCUAAAGAUGGACGCUCUUGAAAAAUGGAGAGAAAGAAAAAGGGAAGAGGAAGAAAUUGCAAUGCAAGAGGAACGGGUAAGAGAGGCCGAGUUGGAAAAGGAAAACGAAACCCUAAUGAGGAUACAAGAGGGAAGUAGAAAUAUGUACAGAAAGUGGUUAAUGCUAAAGCAUGCAGCUGAUUUACAAAGAAAAGAAGAGCAAAAAGUUAGACACGAAGAAUUUCUAUUGGAACAACAAAAACGCAGAGAAAUGGGUAACAAAGCUUUUAAAAUAUGGUUAAAAGAAUCAAAAAGUAGAGCUACCCCACGAGAAUCUUUAGCGGGACCAUCUACAUCAAAAGCAGUUGUAAGGAAAUAAAUUGGCAGUCUAUUUUUAUUGGUUUGUCACUACUUGAAGUAUUUGUAAUUGAGUAUGUAAAUAUAGAUAAAAUGGAAUAUUCAUAAGUGAAAUAUUUACAAACAAACGUUAUUUACUUAUUUUUUUUUUAUUCUCGAAUAUGUAAGAAACGCUCUUUAUUAUAUUUAGACGCUGAUCCGAAAACAUUUAGAAUUGAAUCC